AUGGCUACUACAAAUACUACGAAAGCACUCUUCAUCGACUCAAAGAACAGUCCCAAGGUCAUCGAACGACAAGGCCUCCCGAAACCAAGCAACGGAGAUUUGCUCAUCAAAGUUCUAUACUCGGGUGUUAAUCCCGCUGACAUCAAGCAUGCGAGUUUCCUAGGAAUAAACAAUACCGUCAUGGGCCAUGACUUUAGUGGUCAAGUCUUGGAAACAACAAACCCCAACUCUGUUUAUAAGCCUGGGGAUAUUGUAGCGGGAUACACGCCCGCAGGUCUUCACCAGCCUGUUCACUACGGAACUCAUCAAGCUUACAUCACAUGCCCGGAAGACAUGUUGUUUAAAGUUUCCGAUAACCUGCCUUUGCCCGAUGCAGCGAGCUUGGCUGUUGUUGCCAUGACAGCCGCCGAUGCGGCAUGCAACCUGUUUGGUUUCCCUCUCCCCACAGAGAACGAAAAGCUCGCCUACAAGGUUCCGUUUCUUCUCUGGGGAGCAACAGCUUCAGUUGGGUACUGCACCCUUCAGUUCGCCAUCGCAAGUGGCGUGUCUCCCAUUUUUGUCACUGCAAACCCGUCGCAAUUUGAGCACCUACGCUCUCUCGGAGUCAAAUACCUAUUCGACUAUAAGGACGAGAAAGUCCACGAGUCUAUUGCUAAAGCUCUGCGUGAUUUGGACUUUGACAAAUUCUUAUAUGCAUUUGAUGCAGCCGGGGCUCCUGACUCGGCCGAGCAGGUGCUGAAGGCUGUAGCAGAGGACACAGUAAUUGCAUCGACAGUGUUACGGGAUGAUAAGCGCUUCAAGAUGCCCUUUGCACAACCCAAAAUCGACUUCGUGGUGCAACCUCCCGGUACUUCUCAUCCGAUUUCCAUUCCCGCGCGACCAGCGGACUAUGCUAGAGCUUGGGAGGCUUUCAACUGGGCUAUUGAGAACUAUGGGGAGAAAUUCCGCUUGCCACCUGUCCGUGUCGUGGAAGGUACUGCUGAGGAUGCGUUGGAAGAGAUCAAGCGUUUUGUCAAGCAUGGUGGAGGGUUUUCCAAGGUUUCUAUAAAGCAACCACUAGCAUAG